GGCCAAAGUUGAGCAGAUCAGCAGCCGGCAGCACCCAGGGAUCCGGCAGCACCUGGCUUCCAUCGAUGGCCCCGGCGCUGCCGUGGGCUUUGGCUGCUGCUGCACCCAUUGGGUUCCUGCUGCUGCUGUUCCUCUGCGCCUUCUGCCCCAGGGCGAGCGGCCGCUUCUCUACCCAGAGCACCGGGAACGCCACAGGGAACUCCGGGCUGGUGACGCUGUCGGGACCGGACUGCAGAGAUGGGGGAGCGGCGCUGCUGGGAGGUGCAUCGCCUUGCAGCAGGACAGAGGUCACCAGUGAGGGGAAUACAAACAUCUCUGGGUCACCACACCCCAACACAUCCCCUAAAUCCUCCCCAAGGACUCCAGACUUCCUGCGGCACCGGCAGCUCCCACUGCUGCCCGGUGACACCACAGAACCCGCAGUGGACACAGUGCAGGAUGCCCAGGGGCCCAUCUACGAAAGCAUCCGCUACAAAUCCCAGAAGCUCAGUGUUGGGCUGGAGAAGCCCUACAGGGACGAUGGGAACAGUGGGGAUGGUAUGGACCCGGGGCAGGUCUUUGUUGUUCAAGAGGAGCCAUGCAGCUCAGGCAGCCCCAUACCUGUGUAUGCUCGCAUCUGCAAAGCGUCCCGGGCACCGCAGCACACGGUACCCAACAGCAUCGAGCCUGAGGAAGAGGCAGCUCCAGCACUGCCAGAGAAGCGCUUCGACAUCCUGUAGGAUGGGAUGGAAGGAUCUCAGGAUGGAACACUGGGAAAAGGCUGGGUGCUAGGGUUCUGUCCCAGAGGGCUGUGGGCAUUGAACAGCUCCCCGGGGCAGUGGGCACAGCCCCGACCUGCUGGAGCUCAGGGAGCAUUGGGACACCGCUCUCAGACACUGGCUUUGAGUCUUGAGCGUGCUGCUGGGAUGUCCCCACAUGUCUGCAGCCCUGGGACCAGCUCGGUGCUCCCCCUGCACUGAUGGAAUAUGGGCAACUCAGGGUCUUCUCAGAUCAUGCCAUCCCAGAGCUUUCCCCCCAAAAUAUCAAACUGCAUCCCAUGGGGACACAGCUAAUUCCCUGCGCCACCAGGCUGGGCUUUGCUCUGUCUCAAGCAGUGGCUUUGCUGGGGCUGAGUCAGAUGGAGCAGAAAGGGAUUUUGCUUUAAAGGAAAAAAAAAACUAAUAAGAAGAAUACGCCUUUGACGUGACUCCUGGCGCGGGAGCUGGGGACGUUUCUGUUAUCACGUGUCAAUGGCUGGCAGCACGCUGCGUGGGGUGACUCAUUUCAGCGCAAGAUCUGGGGAGCUCUCGGAGCCAGGAGAAAUCAGGGACGUUACUCAGCCCUCUGCUCAGCACUUCUUAAUGUCCCCGGAGGUCCCCUCGGCCGCUGCAGGGCAGUGCUGGGGGAAAUCCCAGUGCUGCGGAAUCCAGAGGUGCCCAUGUGCUGAGUGCUCACCAAUCACGUAUGGGCAUGGCCCCAUUUUCAGCUGUUAGGUAAUCACUUCCAGUGUACACGAUGGUGUUGCUCACCUGCUGUCCUAUACACUCACCUGCCUUCCUAUAUGCUCAUUUGCCACCUCAGACAGCCAUUUGCCUCCUAUAUGCAUGUCUACCUUCCUAAACUCUCCUGCAUUCCUACGUGUUCAUUGCCUUACUGCAUGUUCAUCUGCCUCCAUAUACACCUCUCUCUAUACCCAUCUACCUUCCUAUACAGUUAUCUCCCUUUCUAUAAGCUUACACUGGGCUUGGAGAGGAGCCCAAAGGUGGGCAGUUUGGGGAACAUUCACAAGAAUUCCCAAAAUUGCUGCCUGAGAUAUGUGACCCAGGCAGUGGUAGGGCAGCAUCAGCUCCUGGAGUGGUUCCCCAGCAAAAGCAAGCAGGCUCCAGGGCUGUGCCUUGGCCGGUGUUACCCUCAGGUGUUACAGGUUUUCUUUGCGCGCCGCUCAAAGGACAAGUUGGUUAAUGAUUAAUUGUCUAUCUUGAAUGAAGUGGAGGGGAAGAACUAGGGCUGGCUGGGUGGUGAGCAGUUCUUCAUGGAGCUCCCAGCCAGUUUGGGAAGGAAGAUCUGGGUCAGGAGACUUGCUAACGUCCUCCAGAAGGGUCUUCCAGCUCCACAAGGGUUGGACAAGAAAGGCUUGGCUGGAAUUUCAGCUGAUGCAAAGCACUCUCACUUCUUCACCCUUAUUGAGAAGGAAAACUCACCAGCACCAAGCACCCACAAUUUCAUAGACCUCUACCAUCUUCCUCUCCAGGAUAUGUGGAUCACCAUCUUCCUCACACACCACACCCAAGAGAGCUUUUGCACCUAAAGGAGCUCCUCCACACAGCCAAUCAUCCCCACCAUAUUCUCCAAAUAAGACCAUGCUGAGCUGUCCACCCAGACACAGAGCUCCACAGAGGAGCUCCAGCUUGUGUCCAUCGGGUGCAAGCUUGGCUCUUCCCUAGGAGCUCUACAUUUCAAUAGCUUAAAUCCUCUCAGCUCCCCAAAUAAGCCAAGAUGAGACGCAAGAACAAGCAAGGUACACCUGGAGCAGUAUAUUAAAGAAUACUUGGAGCUUGCUGAAGCUGUGCUAGCGCUGCAAAGGAAAGAGCAGUGCUGGGAGUGGAAGCAAAGAGUUAAAAAUGAGCAAGGCAAAGGAAGGGAGGGGAAAAAAAAAAAGCAAACAGGCCAGAGUUUAUUAAAAAAAAAAAAAAAAAAAAAAAAAGAACAUAAGGAGGCAAAGAGCAGAAAGAGCAGAAAAGGAAACCUCGUGAGUGUCUCUUCCUCUCUUGGCUUCUCCCUGCUUGGACUGCAGGGAGGGGGAGGAUCAGCUGCGUGUGCCUGAAGGAGCUGGGCGCAUGGCACAGCAACCUGCACCUACAGAGCACUGUGCCAUCCCAGCACACAGAGGAGCUGCCCGGAUCCACUCCUGUGCCCAGGUCUGGCUCUGUCCCACGGUGCCAAUGGUAAACAAGUUAUGCCACAACGUAUGACCGCUCCCCAGCUGAAUUACUGACAAUGGGACGCAGUACUGGAGGAACAGAGCAGCAGAGCAGCUGGCCUGGGGGCUUUGGUGUUAUACGGCCUGGGCAGUAACAGUUAAAUCUGCAUCACGUCAGCCCCGAGCGUAUAAAAGUCAGGAGCAGGGCAUGCCAAAGCUAGAACUGUGAGCACACCGCGCCAAGUGGCUUGUGCAACCACAGACAUGCUUGAUGGCUUCUGCUUGACCCCACUGGUUUUUCAGGCUAUCAGGGAGCCAUGGCAUUGCAUUUCCAAACAUUUUCUUCCUCCCAGGAGAAGACAAAAUCAAGCUUUUUAACACGUGAGCUGUGUCGGCUGGGAGAGCUGUGCCAGCUGCACUGCACCUCUGCUGAGGGAAAUGGGACAUAAUGGACAAAACCCUCUCCUUUUGGUGAUCCCCAGGUGCAGGGCUGGCACCAGCUGUGGGCAACUUCCAGGAUGCAGCUCUUUUCCAGGUGCAUGGAUGCAGCCAGAUUUGAUCAGUGGUGCUCAAGACCUUGGUGCUGUCAAAUUCAGUAAUGUUACUGCUGCUUCUGUGGCCAAUAUACUGUAAAAUAAGGGGAAUCCUCCUAAAUCUCAUCACAGAAUCACAGAAUCGCUCAAGGUGGAAGGGAUCCGUAAGGAUCAUCAAGUUCAACUCAUGGAAAAUCAGACCGUGUGACUGAGAGUAUUGUCCAGAUGCUUCUUGGGAACAUUUGAGAUGCACAGUCAGGCACUGCAUGAGACCAUUUUGAGGUGAUGGCCACCUAAAAUGGACACCACAUCCCACAGCGCGUUUGUUUUGAGGUGAUGGCCAUCUACAACAGACACCACAUCCCAGCACAGAGGCCUCACCACUAAAAGACCAAUGGCCAACAUCACAGCAUUGAUGAGCUCAGAGUUCCUUUGGGGUGAAACAACCCAAAAGCUGGGCCAGAGCAUGGAUCCUGCAGCCAGACAGAGGAGCACCUGCACCGCAUGUCUCAAGGGCUUUGGCUCUUCUGCUGUUCUCAUCUCACGACGGGAAUAAGGGUGAGCAAAAGGAGGGUCAGUAGAGCUGCACAAGGCAGUGCAGCACCUCAGGAAGUCCAGAUGGAAGCAUCCAGAUCCACGGAGGAUGCCUUUCAGGAAAAUAUCACGCUCUUGUUCAACAGCAUUGGCAGCUAUACAUUUACAUAAUUUUCUUCUUCCCAUAUUCCUUCCUCGUAUUACUUGAUCCCACGAGUUGAGGAGUUGAAAAACAGCACAUUCCGAAUGUUUGCAACAAGACUGCGAGAAUAAGAGUCAUUUUGACUGGGAUCUGGAUUUUCACGCUCUGAGUUGCUCAGAUCUCGGUAUGCGUUGGUCCUUUAUAAUGUCAAUGACACACAGGAAAAUUUGGCAAAAAAAAACCCUCCAGUUUAUUUGGUUAAUUUGGUCUUGGUGGCGUGGCUCUGAUUCAUCUCGUACCAAAACAAAAUGAACGAUAUUAAUAGACCCAAAAUGUCAGUUAAGCAGUUUAUCCUGAGCUUGUGUACUCAGAAAUGAAUAAUCUCUUGAGGUUGAGGGACAGCGGCCAAAGCACAACGCAAGGCAGAGCAGUGGGUGGGUAAAACCAAGCCAAGCUUAUUCAACUGCUAAACACUGUUAGACUGAAGCUAACACUUAAUAUUAACCGAAAUUAAAGCUGUAACUAACGAUCAUCCUGUGGACACAGCUCUACAUAUUGGA